AUGUCAACAUUGGGAAACAUUAUAAAGAUCAAUGCUGAAGCAUUGCUUAAACACUCAUUACCACAGAGAUCAGCUAAUGGAUGGAGACGUCCAAAGCUAUCGUCUCGUCAAUUCAACGUACUUCAAAAGACUGUUGAAAGAGGUGAUCAAGCUGUAGAAUGGCCAAUCCCUGCAAAGGAAGAAAAGAUCAUUCCAGAGAGACCAAGCAAAUUAUCUUUACAUACUAGAGAAGCUCCACUUAGAGAAAAGAAAAUUAGAGAAGCUAUGGCCAAUAUGCCAAAAUUACUUGCAGACAAGAUGAAGGCAGAGAGAGAAAAGAAGAGAAAGGAAAAAGACAAUUCAAUUAUCAAUUUGAUGGAUGGUUAUCAACCAGGUGGUCCAUACAAACAUCAUUAUUCUGCUGAAGUUGCAAGACUCAAGAAACAAGCUGCUAUUGAAAAGGAAAAGAAAAAGGUCGACUUUAUUGCUGCUGCAUCAAAGAAGAAAGGAAAGAAAUAA